ACUGGUAACACUGGGAAGCCAUUUUUUUUUUCGUCGUCGUGAAAUUUUGGAGCACGAAAGUAUUUUCGCGUAGCAGCAACUUGCUAAAGAAAAAAAAUCAUAGUGCAAUAAUCCAGUAAUUGGCAAAGCGGCGUUGCAUCAUUUCUGAGCUUGUAUUAAGUUAAUUGCUCGCUUAAAUACGAAUCCUACAUUUCACAUCCCAUAAACUCUCCCACAAAACCAAACACCCUCCAAAAUUAUGGUCAGCGUAAAGGUCAACGGAAAUCCACAGAAUCGUUUAGCAAACAACCUUAAGGUCAACGGCAACAUGGCAUUCCGUGGCAACCAGAACCGCAACCGCAACUUUGGAGGCGGCAACAACAAUUAUGGCGGACCGAUGGGCGCCAACCGCAUGGGCGGCAUGAACAUGUCGCCAUGGGAGUCGCAGAAUCCCGGCGGCGGCCAGUUUGGCAACAACAUGCGCCAAGGUGGCGGUCAGAUGAACGCCCAGGCCAUCAACCUGGCCAACAAUCUGCUGAACAACCUCUUCAGGAACCAGAAUCCACCAUCGCUCCUCGAUCUGCCUCGCGGCGGCGGUGGCAUGGGAAAUCGCAACCAACGCGGCGGCCCGAUGGUCAGUCGCGGCGGCGGUGCCGGCAAUCGUCUCAAUAACCGUCGUGGCCAGGGAGGUGGCUUCCAAAAUCGUGGCGCCACUGGUAGUGGACCCAAGCCCCCGCAAAAGCAGGGCGGCGGCGGUAUUCGCAAGCAAAAUGCUUUUGAUCGUGCCAAGAAACUUUUGGCCAAAAAUGCCAACCAAAAUAAAAAGAAGGAACCCACUCCUGGCGAAAAGAAAAUCGAGAGCCCCACCAAGGAGUCGCCGUACGCUAGUGUGCCGAACGACAUGUUCUACUGUCACCUGUGCAAGAAGCACAUGUGGGACGCCAACUCGUUCGAGAACCACAUCAAGGGACGCACCCAUCUGAUGAUGCGCGAGGGCAUCGAGGAGAGCUACCGCCUGAAGGCCAACAUGAUCCGGCAGGAGGCCAAGAUCGCCGAGCAGCUCAAGUCGAUCGAGUUCGAUCGCUUGAAGCGCAUGGGAAAGAGCAAGCAGCGCCAGCUGGACUACUGCACCAUGUGCGACCUGAACUUCCAUGGCCACAUCUCGACGCAUCGCAAGUCGGAGGGCCACUUGCAGCUGAAGAAGUUCCUGCACCCCAAGUGCAUUGAGUGCAACAAGGAGUUCGCCACUCGCAUCGACUACGACACCCAUCUGCUGUCCGCCGAGCAUCUGAAGAAGGCCGCCGAGAGCAACACCAAGGUGGGCGAGCGCAAGCGCCAGACCUUGCCCAUCAGCACCGAGGAGGAGGAGACACGCGAUCUCCGCCUGCCCCAGAAGCGCAAGAAGAAGCCGGUCAAGAAGGAGGGCGAGGCCGCCGAUGGCGAGUCGAAGAAGGAGGGCGCCGGCGAUGGCGAGGCUGCCGAGGGCGAAGAGGCCGAGGGCGAGGAGGCCAAGGAGGGUGACGAGGCCGCCGACGAGACCAAAGAGGGCGAGGAGCUCAACGAGAGCCAGGAGGAGGAGGAGGUGGCCCUGCCAGUGGAUCCGGAGGACUGCAUUCUCGACUUCACCGACGGCGACGAGAUCCCCAGCGAGGUGGACACCCGCCUGCCCAAGUACAACUGGCAGCGCCCGGUCGGUCCCGGCCUGAUCUCCAAGCUCGAGUGCUACGAGUGCUCGGUGUGCAGCAAGUUCUUCGACACCGAGGUGACCGCCGAGAUUCACUCGCGCACGGCCACCCAUCACCGCAACUUCCUGAAGUUCAUCAACGAGAAGUCGAGCGACACGAAGAUUGCCCAGAAGCGCGCCGCCGCCGCUCUGGAGGAGAAUGAGCGCAAGAAGCGCAAGGUGGAGGAGGCCGAGGCCCCAGCCGCCGAGAGCACCGCCACCGAGGAAGCCGCCGAGGGCGCCGAGGGAGAGCUGUACGAUCCAUCGGAGGCUACCGGUGAUGAUGACGAUGUGGAGAUGGUGGAGGACAAUGCCGAGGGCGAGGGCGACGAGGAGGUCGAGGGAGAGGGCGAGGACGAUGGCGCCGGCCAGGACAACGGUGAGGAGGAGAUGGAGGCCCAAGACGAGGAGCAGGAGGCCGAGCCCGAGCCCGAACCGGAACCAACUCCGGCCAAGGCUCCGGCUCCCGCUGAACCAGCUCCCGUGGCCAAGACGCCAGCCAAGACCCCGGCCAAGGCCGCAGCUCCAGCGGCCGCUGCAGCGGCGACGCCGGACGCCUCGCCAUCUCCGGCCAAGAAGGCAACGCCAGCUCGUGCCGCCGCCGGUCCGAAGGCCACGCCGCAAAGACAACGCGCCCGCGGUCGCUACAACCGCUACUAAUUAAUUAGGCGGCGGAGGAGGAGCUCGUAAUUUAACAUUAACACAUAAACACUUUAACUCUAUACAAGAAAAUAUAUAUACAUUCACGGCCAGGAGGAGGACGAUGAACCAUGAACCAUGAACAAACAGAUGAAAUCGAUCUCUUGCCACAUUUUGACAUUUGCAUCCCGAUUUGCAUAAAAUAAUCUGAAUGAAAGGAGGAAACUGACAAGGAGACGGACGCCUUCACACUGAAACAACAGUUGACCACAUUGUAUCUGAAGACGCAACAACUUCUCGAUACUGUGGCGGGGGAGAACACAAACAACUUGGUUGAAUUUGAAUCGAUUUCCAUAUGAUCUACACUGAAUUCCCCCUCCCAGCACUGCAUACCAUACCAGCCAACAAGCAACCAUUCAACUUAUGUAAUCAUAAAAUUUUAAAAUAAACAAAGAAACAAACGUAGAUGUAAAACAAA